AUGCCCACGCCUCCCACAACGCGCAAGCGCAAGCGGGCUCCUCACCAGUACACCGUCAGCUACAGCGAGGUCCAGGAGGUCGACAGUGCCGGCAAGGUCCGCGAUGUCAUCGUCAUCGACGACACUCCCCCACCCACGACGGCGUCCCCGUCCACAACACACAUGUUCUCGGCAUCGUAUCAGCCCCCGCUGUACUCCGCUCCCAUCCGCACACGGGCUCGCGCAGCCCAGGAGGCACAGGCGGUGUCGACGAGCGUUUCCUCAGUCACGCUCACAGGGCCUGCCGCGAAGAAGCGGAGGCGGGACAUCGCUGAUGAUGCUGGCACCGUCGCGAAGAAGCCCGCCACAGGUCAUCUGCAGCAGCUCGUUGCGAACAAGUCCAUUGCGAGUGGUAGUGGUGCUACUGUCGAUGAGGCGUCGAAAGAGGUCUCUUGCGACGACAAGGAAGGCCACUACAUCGUCGUGCCCGACGACAUAAUACACCGUCGUUAUCGCACUGUACGGCUGCUUGGCCAAGGGACUUUCGGCAAGGUGGUCGAGGCAGUCGACACUGAAACGAAUAAGAAAGUAGCUAUCAAGAUCAUCCGAGCCGUCCCAAAGUACCGUGACGCAAGUAAGAUGGAAGUGCGAGUCCUCCAGAAGCUAAAGGAGCGAGAUCCGAGAAAUGUCAACAAAUGUAUCCAUCUUAUACAGUGGUUCGACCAUCGUAACCAUAUAUGUCUCGUCUCGGAGCUACUGGGGAUGUGUGUCUACGACUUCCUCAAGGAAAACGAAUUCGCACCGUUCCCUCGCCAACACAUACAAUCAUUCGCGAAGCAGCUCCUCGGCAGUGUAGCAUUUCUUCACGACCUUCACCUCAUCCACACCGAUCUCAAGCCGGAGAAUAUCUUAUUGGUUAACAACGAUUAUCGGAUUGCUCAGAUCCCUAUACCGGGCAGAGGACGUAAUGCUGCAGCAACAAGAACAAAGAGGAUACUGAAGUCUACGGAUAUCCGUCUAAUCGAUUUCGGUUCAGCGACGUUCGAAGACGAGUAUCAUUCGAACGUCGUGUCGACUCGACACUAUCGUGCACCCGAGAUUAUUCUUGGUCUUGGUUGGUCAUUUCCAUGCGACGUCUUCUCUUUGGGAUGCAUUCUGGUGGAGUUCUACACCGGGAUGGCCCUCUUUCAGACCCACGAUAAUCUCGAGCAUCUCGCCAUGAUGGAGCAGGUGAUGGGGAAGAUGCCAGACCGCUUCGCAAGGCAAGGUGCUCGGUCGAAGCCAGAGUUCUUUAAGGAGGGCAAGCUCGACUGGCCCAAACCGAAGGUCUCGCGGCAGAGCAAGAAGGACGUGCGUGCUUGCCGGAGCUUACAGGAGAUCAUCCCGCCGAAAGACGGCAUCAACGUACACUUCCUCGAUCUCGUCAAGAGGUUGCUGACUUUCGACCCUGCGCUCCGGAUAUCUGUACGGGACGCGCUCGCCCACCCGUAUUUCGCGCUGACGGUCCCAAACGAACAAUGA